AUGAGGGACAUUCUGAGCAUCGGCGGGGAACCCGUCUUCGACGAUCGCAUCGUGAAGAUCGAGAGUCACACGUACAAUCCGUACGCCAACACCACUUUCGGAUACAACGACGAGAUACGAAUACCCAUACAACAGCAGGACCUAUACACGCUGCCGUGCGAGAGUUUUCUCUACGUCGAAGGUAGACUACAUACGAAGAAUAAUCAGCCGCCCGCGUCGAGCGGCGAAUCGGAUACGUUACGAGCUCGAUGGCGUGGAGAUCGUAAUCGCAACGUCGAUCGUAAUCGCAACGUCGGAAUAACUAGCACGAUCAAGAACUACGCCUCGUUGACGGCCGAACGAGGCAAGAUCUUGAAGAACGCCGGAUGGGAUCGCGCGACUGGACCGAGCGGCGUCGCGUCGACGGGUGACUUCAACUUCUGCGUUCCUCUCGACACGCUGCUAGGUUUCUGCGAGGAUUACAGGCGCGUCGUCAUCAACGCGCGUCACGAGCUGAUUCUGAUAAGAGCGCGAAACGAUAACAAUUGUCUGAUAUCGCGCGAGGAAUUCGAGCCGAGAGUCAAGCUCGCGAAGAUACAGUGGCGCGUGCCGUACGUGGUGCUGAAUGACGUCAAUAAAUUAUCGCUGUUGCGCACGUUGGACAGCGGCAGAUAUCUGAGCGCGUCCUUUCGCUCGUGCGAUCUCUACGAGUUUCCGCUCCUGCAGAACACGACCAAACACUCGUGGUCCGUAAAAGCGGUCACGCAGCUCGAGAAACCGCGUUACGUCAUCUUCGCGUUGCAGACCGGAAGGAAGAACGUCCUGUCGCAGGACGCUUCCAGAUUCGAUGCGUGCAAUCUGACCAACGUAAAGUUGUAUCUCAAUUCCGACUUCUAUCCGUACGACGAUAUGAAUUUGGACUUCGAGAACAAGAUAAGAACAAGAUCGCCGUACUAUUGUUUCCGCCAAAACAAAGCGGUUAAGAGCGCCACUGUGGACGUUCGUCUAGAAUUCGACUGCAAGGACAACGUUCCUUCUAACACUACGGUGUACUGCCUACACAUUCACGAUCGCAUGGUGGAGUACAAUCCGUUAACGAACGUCGUGCGUAAGAUCUUGUAA